UACGCAUGAAAAGCACACAGCUGUUUUUGACAAUUGUAGAAUUCAUUUGCGUUUGAGUUGCACAAUAUUUCUUAUUAUUAUAGAAUUUUUUGUAAAUUUCUAUUAGAAAUAGUGCAAAAAUGCGUCUAACUGAGGUUUUAUUCAAGAAAGUUAAAAGCAAACGCAUCAUGGUGCUGAUGGAGAGCGUGGUUAGUGGUCAUCAGUUCAACAUGUUCCGUGAUCGUUUAGCGGAUAAAUUGGAAUUGCUGCGUUUCGAUCCAUACAUACAAAAGGAGUCCAUCUACCGCGAACGCAAGCGUAUACGCAGCGCUUAGGCUAAGUGGUUAUAGUGCUUUAUUGUUCAAAUUAAUUCAUAAUUUAAUAUAUAUAAAAUAUAAUAAAAGUGUGUUAUACAUUGCAA